AUGGAGAACAAGCUGAUGCGCAGCGAGGUGCGCGCGCUCAACGACGAGGUGACGUCGCUCACCGAGCGGAUCACCGGCGAGCACGAGGCCCUCGAGCGCGCCAACGACGCCCUCCACGCGCUCCAGAUGGAGGUCCUCGACAAGGACCGGCAGCUCAUGCGGCUCCGCAAGCAGGAGGACGAGUUCGACGCCGUCCUGGCCAAGAAGGACGCCCAGCACGCCGCGCUCCAGGUCAAGCUCGAAGAGACGAGUCUGCAUGUGACGGGGCUGGAGCAGACGACGAACGCGCUCAAGCAGGAGAUCGACCGGCUGCACCGGGAGAAGGACGAGACCAACGACCUCCACAAGCAGUCGAUCGCGCUCAUCAACGCCAAGAUCGUCGAGCUCGAGAACCAGCUCAAGGAGGAGCGCGAGAGCGCCAGCUCCCAGCGAUCGCUAGCGUUGGAGAGGGAGAGGAACCUGGAGUCGGACAUCAGCGAGUACACGAAGGCGUUGGGCCAGGCGCAGCGGGCGAUCGAGGACAAGAACAAGCAGGUGGAGAAGCACAUGAGCACCAUCAAGGAGCUCGAGGCCAACGUACAGGGCCUCAAGCAGGAGCUCACCGACUACAAGCUGCGCGCCAAGAAGGUGCUCCAGCAGCGGGAGACCACCAUCCAGGAGCUCACCGAGAAGCUCACCUCCCCUGGCGCGGCGAACGCGGAGGAGGGCGAGCUGCAGGAGAAAUGGAAGGAGCUGAUGCUCCAGAAGCAGGCCUACGAGAGCCUCAAGAACGAGUUCGACGAGACCCGGGACGAGCUCAACAAGAUCAAACAGAACCUCGCCCAGACCCAGGAGCAAGCAGAGCACGACGCGCUGGAGUUUGAGGAGCAGGUCAAGGCCCUGGAGGACGAGCUCGAGAGGGAAAAGGAGAAGGUGAAGAAGAUGCAGUUCGAGCUCGCUCAGAAGAUGCAGGAGCUUCACACGGUCAAGGACCAGCAGAACCAGGCCACCAAUGGCCUCAAGGAGCAGGUCAAGGAGCGAGACGCCCAGAUCGCCAAGCUCAAGCGGCAGAUCACUGUCAAGGGCAUCCAGUCGCAGUCGAGUUCUCAGGCCGAGCUGGAGAGCAGCCUCAGCGCGAUGACCGACCGCCUGAUCCGGCUGCAGGCCCUCAACGAAACGCUCACCAACGAGAAGGCCGCCCUCCAGAUGCGCCUCAACUCCGAAGUCCAGAGCCGACGAGAGCGGGAAGGGGUCCGGCGGUCGGGCGAGGUCGAUACGAAGCACUCGUCGGGCGACAUAACCUCCAUCAUCAUCAACACGGGGGCUGAGCCCAGAGAGAAGUCGGGUCCGCGAUUGCGCUCGAUCGCUUCCCUGGUCCCGGAGUCCUGGUCGGGAGAUCCCGAGUCCAAGAGGCACCAGGUCUACACCCACACCCUCCGCGCAGCCAGCGCCCUCGACAACUUCACUGCUCAAGUGGGCAGGAUCCUUCGACGCAACCCGCUUGCUCGCCUCCUGUUGAUCCUCUACAUGGUGUUCUUGCACGUGUGGGUGCUGUUCCUCCUGUCGCGGCCGUUGGAGAUCCACGACAUGAUGGACGAGUCGCUGCCUCCCGGCGCCGUCCCACCCACGGGCCUGCCCCACGCCCUCGUGCACUCCGACUCGCCCGCCGCUGCCGCUGGCAUCUAG